CUUGAACCUGAUCGAGCCCUUCUCACUAGCUUCUGUGGCCGAGGGGGGAGACAGCAUGAGAGUGCAGCUUGGAGUCCUUUUAUUUUAGCUAUUUUGGCAGUCCGAUUAUAACAUAGAAAUUGAAAAAAACAUAAAGACAUUUUAAUGUAUAAUGAACAAAGAAAGACCGCUUGAAAUGGUCUCCUGUUUUUAGUGAAACUUCUUACUUGGACGCAGUGGAUGAUAGACAAACUCCAGGAUAACACAAUGGCUCAAAUGGAAGCAGAGUUUGGUGUGAAGGGCAGCAGCAUCAUCAGGGAAUGGAGCGGACAGGUCCAGCCCGCUCUCGUCGCCUCCUUCGUUUUCCUCGUCUGUCUGGAAGCCUGUCUGUGGGUCAGGAACCUCCGGCUCAAGAGAAGACUGCCGGGACCCUUCGCCUGGCCGGUGGUGGGCAACGCCAUGCAGCUGGGCCAGAUGCCUCACAUCACCUUCGCCAAGCUGGCCAAAAAAUACGGCAACGUGUACCAGAUACGGCUGGGCAGCAGCGACAUUGUGGUUCUGAACGGAGACAGUGCCAUACGCGAGGCUCUCAUACAGCACAGCACGGAGUUUGCAGGCAGACCCAACUUUGUCUCUUUUCAGGCUGUCUCAGGGGGGAAAAGUAUGACUUUCACCAAUUACAGCAAACAGUGGAAGAUGCACAGGAAAAUUGCUCAAUCAACGAUCAGAGCGUUCUCAUCUGCCAACAGUCAGACCAAAAAAGCCUUUGAGCAGCAAAUUGUGGCUGAGGCCACAGAGCUAGUUGAGAUUUUCCUUAAACUCAGUGCUCAGGGGCAGUAUUUCAACCCCGCUCAUGAGCUGACAGUAGCUGCAGCUAAUGUGAUUUGUGCCUUGUGCUUUGGAAAACGUUAUGGACACGAGGAUGUUGAGUUCAGAGCCUUGUUGCAGAGGGUGGAUAAGUUUGGAGAGACAGUAGGGGCUGGUAGCAUGGUAGACGUGAUGCCAUGGCUUCAGCGUUUCCCGAAUCCAGUCCGCAGCAUGUUCAAGAACUUCAAAGACCUGAAUCAAGAGUUCUUUGGGUUCAUCCAGAACAAGGUGGAGGAGCACAGAGAGACAUAUGAUCCGGAGGUAACGAGGGAUAUGAGUGAUGCCAUUAUUGGCGUGAUUGACAAGGCUGACAGCGACAACGGCCUCACCAAAGGCCACACAGAGGGGACGGUGUCAGAUUUGAUUGGUGCCGGUCUGGAUACCAUCUCCACUGCUCUUCACUGGAUUCUCCUUCUGCUGGCUAAACACCCCGAAAAACAAACCAAACUCCAUGAGCUCAUCGACAAAGUUGUGGGGCGAGACAGGCUGCCAUCAAUCGAGGACAGGAGCAGCCUGGCCUACCUGGAUGCCUUCAUCUACGAAACCAUGCGCUUCACCAGCUUCGUCCCCGUCACCAUCCCCCACUCCACAACCUCAGACGUCACCAUCGAGGGCCUCCACAUCCCCAAAGACACGGUGGUCUUCAUCAAUCAGUGGUCCAUCAAUCACGACCCCUUGAAGUGGAAGGAUCCACAAAUCUUUGACCCCUCACGCUUCCUGGAUGAAAACGGCUCCCUAGACAAGGAUCUCACCAACAAUGUCAUGAUCUUCUCAGCAGGGAAGAGAAAAUGUAUUGGGAACCAGAUUGCCAAAGUUGAGAUAUUUUUGUUCUUCGCGAUUCUACUCCACCAAUGCAUCUUUGAGAAACGUGCAAAUGAGGACCUGUCUUUAAACUGCUCCUACGGUCUAACACUGAAGCCUUUAGAUUACAAGAUCACUGCCAAACUCAGGGGGGAACUACGAUAAAACUGUUAUAAACUGUCCUCCAAUGCAAAGCAAUAUAAGGUAUGUGUUCUAAAAUAAACAUCUAUGCCUUGUAUCACAGAGGACUUUUAUGUAAAAGCUUUAAUUGACCCAAAACAUGCAAAUGAUAAGCUUUCUUACUUCUGCUGACAUUUAAAAUUGUGACUCAUUGAGAACAUUGUUAUUUCACUCUGUUACACAAUUUCUGCCAGUGAAUGUAUUAAAAGUAAGCACCCUGUAAAUGGCAUCAGAAAGCAUGUGAGUCAUAUCUGGACUCAACAGCAAUUUCACUCCUCAACUGUGAAAAACUGUGAUUGACUGAGAACCUAAAUAUAUCUCUACUGGCUCUGCCACAUCAUGUAAGCAACAGGAAAAAAAGAGUAAUGAAAGUUUUGAUGUGUUUGCCCAAAACCACAAUUCAUAAUAAACCCCUAAGAAUGUAUUGUUAUUUAUAUGAGGGUAUUUAGCGGAGUCACCCUAAACUGCAAUAUAAACCGGUGGUGAUGUAUAAAUUUCACUUUUAGCAUUUUGUUUUUCUCGCUCAUGGGGAGAAAUCAUGUGCCAGCUGUGUGGUCUCAGUUAUUCACCCUGACACUCAUUUAUCUCCUUUUGUAUUGAAACUUUUCAUGUGUAAACUUUAAUACAAACACAGCGUGCAUGCAUGUACUCUUGAAUCAUGCAUAAUACUGUUGUAUUCUGAUAAUAACUCAUGUCACAUGUAACAUAGUGUAUGUCUAAAAGCCACUAACUUAACAGUUGGUUAUACUCCUUCCUUUACUACAUAAUAUAUCACUGUACGACAUGAUUUAUUAGCCAUACCGCAUUGUGUGAAUAAUAAGCUGUUUAGAAUAGCUACAAAAUGUUUUCAUAAUGACCCAGUGUGAUGCUGUCUGUACUCUACAAUAAACAUUUUGUAUUGGUUUCUAACUGAA